AUGCAAACUCCUGCGGAGACAUCCUUGGUGGAUCAGUUGGCGGUGGUGUCAUUGGCCCUGCAGUCUCUGGCCCUGAAGUGGCCCGAGGAAAGGAGAAGGCCAAGGCAGGUGCAAAGAAGUGAGCACAGCGCAGCCUGGAGCUGGGACAUGGCACAAUGCGGCGGUUUGGGUGUGAAAACAAUGCAAGCAGGUGGUGCAGCGGCCGCAGCCUAUGCCAGGGUGAAGGCCCAGCAUCUGCAGACUGCUGCUGCGUGCGAAGGGCAAGGGGUUCGGUUUCAGCCCAUGGUCUUUGAGUCCACCGGUGCCUUCGAUGCAUCUACCGGCCAGGUCCUGCAGCAGCUCGCCAGAGCUGUCGCAGCCCGUGCUGGAGGAGAUGCUUCGGAGCUGCAUGGCCAACUCCUUCAGGAAUUGUGCAGCACUGUUCGGACCUUUCGCGCCCGUGCAGCCCUUCGUCGCCGAGUGGAGCUUGGCGAGAAUACGGGGGUGGCUGCUGCGGCCGUGGUGCUGCGCGCUCCGGCGGACGACUACGUGGAAACCGAUCUGCGCUCACUGCUCAGCAGUAUCUCUCGACGCCGCUCCGUGGUCUCUCUCCGCGCCACCGGACAUUUGCUGGUUGGGGCGUGCAAAAUCUACGUGAAAAAAUGUAGCAUUUUCGAGGAAGAGGCUGAGGAGGUGCGAACGGCCUUGAUGAUGGCGUUCAGUCGCCCCACAGACAUGCAGGCGGCCGAAGAGCUUGCGCCGAUUCGGGAGGUCCGAACACACACGGCGCCUCCGGAUCAGGCUCUGCUGGGAGGGAAGCGGCACAUGGCACGCAUUGAGGACAUCACCUUGAAAGACAGCAAGGAAGCCACGGUGCUGGGGAGCUUGGAUUUGGAUGGGCCCUCCACCGACGACCUCUUCGGCUCAUUGUCGCAAGGUGAGUUGCAGGCUGGAUCUGUGGUCCAGCUGCCGUCCCGGGGCUAUCCGGGGUUUUCGCUGGUACAGGAGGUCACGCGCCUGGUGCGCAAGCGUGUUCUGCCCAAAGGCGCCUUAGAGGCCCGUUGA